UUCAUUAGAGCCAGGACAACCUUUGAUACCAGGUCUGCUGGGUAAGUGGCUCUGAGCAGUGGGCGGGGGCAGCGAUAGUACAACUGGCUGGAUGAGUUUUGGGAACUGAAGGAACUCGCUGCGGCAGAGAGGUGCGUUCACACCGAGGUAAAGCUGAGCUGUCCACACCUGUGCAGCAGAUCAUGGCGGCAGCAGAGUCCUGCCCUCUGACCACUCACGUGCUGAACACCGGAGACGGCGUCCCGGCAGCCGGGAUGGCCCUCAGCCUGCACCGACUCGACUCCACGCUGAAGAUCUGGAACAUGCUAAGUGUUGGGACAACAAAUGAAGAUGGCCGCUGCCCGGGACUCAUCGGCCGAGAAGCUUUCACCCCCGGCACGUACAAGCUGCGCUUUGAGACGGGUUCAUACUGGGAGAAUCUGGGUCAGACCUCCUUUUACCCAUACGUAGAGGUUGUGUUCACCAUCAGUGACCCGGAGCAGAGGUUUCACCUCCCUCUGCUGAUGAGUCGGUUCUCCUACAGCAGCUACAGAGGAAGCUGAGAGCUGCGAGGACGACCUGCUUCAUCACACUGCAACCAGGGAUGGGGACGGAUGCGUCUCCGUUGUCUUGUUGUAGAUUUCAUGACUUUUUAUCUAUUUGCUUGUUUGUUUUUUGUCGGUUGCAAAUUUUUUGUUGCAUUUGCUGACUGUUGAGUUUUUAACUUGAAUAUAGAAUACACUGUAUUUUAUGUAUAAAUAUAAAUGUACAUUUGGUGUAACAUGGGCAUUUUAAUCAUCAUCAUCAUCAUCAUCAUCAUCAUUAAUGUAAUUGCAGACUUAGGUGCAUAAACAACAUUUAGGGCUUCACUUUGUUUUACCCCUUAAAGUUGCUUAUUAAAUGCAUGUUUAACAUUUAAAUCUA